AGUAACAACACUAACAGCUCUGUCUCUAUCCAAGCCUUUAUCCGGCAGCCGGCGAAGAAAUCCAGCUCGCGUCGAUCUGUGAAAAACUGAGGUGAAUGGAGUUUGUAAUGUCUGAUUCUUAUUCAUCAAUUUUCCUUGUUCAUUAGAGUACCACCUAUGUAAGUCAGUGCGAUAGUUUCGUGGCAUGGACCACAUGAAGUUAGUCUCUACUAGAGUGAUCAUGUGGGUCAUCUCUACGCAGCGUGUUUGGCUUGCUGAGGUGCUCAGAUCAAGAAACGGAAGAAUCGGUCCACCAAACCAAAUUCGUCCCUCUCUUGUUUGCAUGUUUUGUCAAGCUAAUUGUAAUUGAUUAUUGUCGUUGCCAGUUCAUCUCUUCGGCGAUAUCUAGUUUAGCAUGACGUAGAGCAAUUCUUCAGGUAUAACAGACUUUUAAUGACGUAAAUUUGAAUUUAAUUCACUGAAAAAUUGGUUGUACAAGAAUGAAAAUUAUAUUUCUUAAGUGCUUAACUCGGCGAAAAUUUGUUCUGGUUCCCGCUUGAAGCAAUCAAGAGUAAUUUACGAUAUUUUAUUAUGUUGUAUAACGAUUUCGAAUACCCAUUAUUUGAAAUACAAAGCUGUAUGGAAAUCUGGCGUGAAAACGGUAAAGGGUGCGAUCUUACUUAAUGAGAGACAGAGACGUCAACACAAAAGAAAAUCAUUUAACUAAUUGUCUCUGAAUGGAACCAUUAACUUGAUUUGGACAAUUGUUUUACUUUAAAUCACGUCUCUUAAGUCUUAAGAAGUCGUUUCGCUCUUCAGUUUCAACCUUUUGGUGAAAUUGCCCCCUUGUGGAUUCCAGAGUAAGAAGGUUUCUAUUGAAAUGCAGCCUAAGAACGCUUUCUUUCAUAUAGCUUAGAAACGUGUAUUCGUUUGAGAACGUUUUAUGUUGGUUACGGUAGCGACAGAGGAAUGUAGCGAAUUAUUUGUGAUUACACAUUGUUGAGCUAAAUUAUUUUCAAUUGCAGAUUUUUCUUUCAGUGUUCAAGACAUGUCAAGCGAACCUCAAACACCGAAGGUGACUGUCACUGAUGAAAGUGAAGAUGUCACCGAAACUGAUCGCUCUCCAGCGGAGAACGCGUUUUAUGAGUCGUUUCUUAUUCAGUCGCGCUCAGCGAUUGAAAGUUUGUACGCCUCGAACAUUUACCAUAGUCAACGGCACGCUAAGCAGGUUAAAGAUCUCGAGAGACAAAAACAUUAUAGCAUGUCUGAAAUGAGCAACAAGCAGAAGGAAAUGGUUAAGAAGAUGGCUCAGCUUCAGGAAAAACAGGAGAAGAUACAGAUAGAGAAAAGAAAACAGAACAUGAAACAUUUAUCAACAAACGGUGAACAUCGUAUGAGGCCGCAUUCGACAUCAUCGUUAUCCGAUCGUAAGUCAGAUCGGAAGGCAAUGCUCAAACACCGACCACGAUCGGGAUCGAUGCCGUUUCUCGAGCCUCUUGAUCCAAGUCUCGUCAACCGAAGUUUGUCGAAGUCUACCGAAAAUCUAUGCUCAGAAUCAUCACUACUAAGCGCAAGUCUUCCGUCAAAUGCGCUUCUAUCGCGAUCUUGUGAAGAUUUAUCAAAUCUUGGCAGAAAGAAUGGAAAAAUCAUACUACCAGCCUUAUCGAAGCUUCCGAGGGCGAAAUCAACCGGAGACUCCACGGAAGAUUCCGACUCAACCUUCAUAACCCGAAUGCCAUCUUCACCUCCGACGAAAGCUAAACUUAACCUCAAGUUAACACCUUCCGGCUUCAAACCCGAGCAUCGCCGGGGAUCGCUCGAUCCUUCUGUUAUGAGAGACUUGGACAGACGACGAGGGAUGAAAACAGACAGUCCUCCGGCCAGUCCAAAGAGUACACAAACGAAAUGGGUUCCUAAAUCUUAUGGUAUGUCUCAGGGGAGAGGUCUCCCUCCUGUGUGAUACCUUGACGCGCAGAUGUCAUUGAAAUGUUGAAAGGACUCACGAAAGGUGAUUUUCGACUGAAUUUAGCAAAAUUUUAUCGUAGUUCUCUAAUGUAAGGAAUUGUUCGCGAUCAUUUCCUCCCAUGAAAACUGUCUAGUGAGAUUAGGUUAGGCCGGUGCGCACGGCGAACCAAAAUGUUUCUUGUUGAAAUGACAGGAGUAGGUAGGCUAUACUACCACUCAUAAAUUUGUUUGACCAAACGAGGGACUAAUGUCUGGCAUUAUAUUACUUAACGAGACAGCAGAGUGUGCAGUUUUUCUCAGUGACAAGCUUUCCCAGGCAAGUUAUUUAUAUUGGAAGCUGACACGUGCACUCCACUCUUACUUCCGCGCAUGUCUCCUUUUUAGGCCGGUGCACCUACUCUCGUUCCCAGUCCUGGACAGUCUACUGUGCAAUGUUCUAUUCUCAUGGCUGGAGAAAUAGAAAGCGAACAAGGAAUCUUUCGAGCAAAUGAAAAGUAAACAUUUGCAAGUCUUUUUACAACUAUCUAAAAUUGCACACACACACACAUACACAGACUUCUUGCAACCUUUACCCGCUAGAAACUAAAGAGCAUGUUACAGCAUACAAGUAGGCUUAAGUUAGUAUCUGCAUCAGGACGCAUUAAUUACCUGGCCCUUAUCAUGACUUAUGAGAUAAUUCAAAGAGGUGUUAACCUAGAAAACGCCCAUAGAUGCCAUGUUUCGUUGAUUUUUCUCUCUGCUUUUGAAACUUGGAAAUGAAAUUAAAGCAUAGCCGUUGUACUAGGUUAUAAAAUAACUGAGACACCGCCGGCACUCUGAUUGGUCAAAAAUAGAUAUUGUAUUUUACAAUAAAAAAAUCAAAC